CAUAAUUUUCUAUAUAUACCUUUCUUAGACAGAUAAAUUUAUUCUGAAAAGAACAGGGAUGGAAGUUGUAGGAGAAAUUGGAGGCUUGUUAAAGGUUUAUUCAGAUGGCUCUGUGCUGCGCUCUGCACAUCCUACAACGCCUGCCUCUUCACAUUUCACAGACGGCGUUGCAUCCAAGGACGUCAUUAUAAAUCCGGAAACCGGCGUCUGGGCUCGUAUAUUCUUGCCGGGAAUCGCUUUUGGAAAACUGCCAAUACUGAUCUACUUUCAUGGCGGCGGAUUCGCGGUUUGUUCCACAGCCUGGGUAGAAUUCCACGCCUUUCUGCACAGUUUAUGCAAAACCGCCGCCGUAAUAAUAGUAUCGGUGGAUUACAGGCUGGCGCCGGAGCAUCGGCUCCCGGCGGCCUAUGAUGACUGCACGGAGGCCGUAGAAUGGAUCCGAAAGCAUGCCGCCGGCAGAGCAGAGUCGCCGGAGGAAUGGCUGUCGCCGUCCGUCGCUGAUAUUUCCCGGUGCAUUUUGGCGGGAGAGAGUGCCGGAGGGAACAUCGUUCACCACGUCGGAUUGCGGGUUGCUGACGUGGAUGUUAGCCCGUUGUCGGUGAAGGGACUGAUCGCUAUUCACCCCUUCUUUGGGGGUGAGGAGAGGAUCGAGUCGGAGAAAAGCCAAGAGAAGGAGGAGUUUGUGGAGAAGUGUAAAUUUGUUUGGGGUUUAGCUCUGCCUGUGGGGUCCACCAGAGACCAUCCCUUCAGUAAUCCGGCAGUUUUGUCCCUCAAGUCCGGUCUGAAAUUGCCGCCGGUGUUGGUAGUCGUAGCCGGAAAAGAUGAUCAUAAAGAGAGAGGGGUAAUGUGGUACGAAUAUCUGAGGAGUUGUGGACAAGAGGCUGAAUUGAUGGAGGAGGAAAAUGGAGGCCAUGUUUAUCACAUAAACUUUCCGGAAUUUGAAGGCACUCUGCGUCUUCUAAACCGUAUCUCUAAUUUUGUUGAUGAACACUAAAUUUUUUUCACUUCUCAUCUUCUGAUUUCUCUUUUAGAAUUGUUUAAAGAGGCUCAAAAUUUCUGUCAGAUCUUCUGAGUGGAAUAGGAUAAAUGGACUCCAAGAUCCCUGGAACUGAUCUGCACCAUACACGUACCAAAGUUUGAUCUACUUUUAUAUACAAUUAUGAUCGUGGUCCUUGAGAUUCGGCACUCAAUAUGGUUUUGUGAUGCGCAUUGUUCAAUAAUCUUCCAACCGUUGAAACAUUGACUUGUCAGUCACAACUUCUGUCCCACUUCCCUGUUCAAUUUAUUCAACAGUUCAAGAUA